UGUAAUAACAGGCUACUAGCUGUUUCGCGGAAUGAGACUAGAAUGUAAACAUCGCUAACGGUAGCUAGCGGUUGUUGUUGACAUAACCGGUAGCUAACUUUGAAUUUGUCGCCGCUGAAUCGCACACAGUUAUGGCUUCACGAUAGAUUCCUCGGGCUGUGAUGGCAUUUUCAUAAAGAUUCCUUAUUCGCCGUCUCCAGCUCACUCUUGUUGUGACAUUGCAUACUUGAUUCGUAUGCUGUCACCAUGACCAAAGACAUACUUCUUGGAGAUGAAUUACCAGACUGGGUAGGGGCCAAGGAGUUUUACCAGAAGUAUGACCCUAAAGAGGUGAUUGGAAGGGGUGUGAGCAGUGUGGUGCGCAGGUGUGUGCACAGACAUGGGGGUCAGGAGCUGGCAGUGAAGAUUAUUGAGAUAACAGCUGAGAAGAUGACAGUCCAGCAGCUGGAGGAGGUGAAAACCUCCACACUGAAGGAGAUCCACGUCCUCAACAUGGUGAAAGGACAUUCCUCAAUAAUCACUCUCAUUGAUUCAUAUGAGUCUACAACCUUCAUAUUUUUGGUGUUUGACCUCAUGAGGCGAGGAGAGCUGUUUGACUACCUCACAGAAAAAGUGACUUUGAGUGAGAAAGAAACCAGGAGUAUUAUGCGAGCUCUGCUGGAGGCCGUGCAGUAUCUUCACUCCCUCAACAUUGUCCACCGGGACCUCAAACCUGAGAACAUUCUCCUGGAUGAUCAGGGACACAUCAAACUGUCCGACUUCGGUUUCUCUGUGCAGCUACAACCUGGAGAGAAGCUUAGAGACCUUUGUGGGACACCUGGCUAUUUGGCCCCUGAAAUACUGAAAUGUUCCAUGGAUGAAAUGCACCCAGGCUGUGGCAAAGAGGUCGACCUCUGGGCUUGUGGUGUUAUCCUUUUCACCUUACUGGCUGGAUCGCCACCGUUCUGGCAUCGCAAGCAGAUGCUGAUGCUGAGGAUGAUCAUGGAGGGCCGGUAUCAGUUCAGCUCCCCUGAGUGGGACGACAGGUCGGACAACGUGAAAGAUCUGAUAUCCAGGCUGCUGGUGGUGGACCCUGCCAUCCGUCUCACUUCUGAGCAAGCCUUAUCACAUCCCUUCUUCAGACUGUACCAGAAGGAGAAAGUGCGACUCUUCAGUCCCAGAAAGACAUUUAGGGUGUUGAUAAUCAGCGUGCUGGCCUGUAUCAGGAUGUACAACCGUUAUCGCAGGACUCGCCCUCUGACCCGGGAGGUUCUGGCCAGAGACCCCUACUCCCUCCGCUGUGUCCGCAAACUCAUCGACGGCUGCGCCUUCCGCAUCUACGGGCACUGGGUGAAGAAAGGGGAGCAGCAGAACCGAGCCGCCCUCUUUCAGAACACGGCUAAGAUCAUGCUGCUGGGCCUGGAGGACUUCGAACCAUAAACUGGUCAAGCUCAUUCCAAACCACGGUGAUUUGUAUUUAAACAUUUGCAUGUGUUUUCAUGUCAGUGUUGUUGAAUUACUGUGCUUGAUUUCAAGAUGAGGUGUUCAGGGGCCAGGGUGGUUCUAUGCCUUAAUGCGCACCGUGGUUUUCCGAGUUAAAUAUAAGCACGCACAUCUCAUCCUAUCUGCGUUUUGAUCCGAGUUUGUGGCUGUUUGAACAUUUUCUUGUCAGGUCAUCAUGUUUGCAGGGCCACUUUGCAGUUUAGGACACAUUGCACAAUAAUUUGAAUAACAUAUAACAUACAACUACAUUAUGUGUACUUAGGAUUUUACCUGUUGAUCGUCAGUUUUACUGAGAAGAACAUGUGUUUCAAAGCACUGUGUGGACAUUAAAGCACUAUGGUUUACUGUUUAGAUAAUAAUUAUAUAGACAUAACACAACAAGGUUCAGAUUUACAAGGGUUACAAAGCAGUACCAGAAGACAUGUUUAACAUUCAAGUACAGUAUUUGGGGUGUUUUUGGUAGAUAUACUGUCAUGCAUGCAGACAUUCCUUAAUAAGAAACCCACUUAUCUAACUGUGAAGACUAUUGUGACUGUAUUUCCUAUUGAAACUAACCAACCACGUUACAUCCUCAGUUUAUUCUGCAGUUUAAUGAGUGGCACUUCCAGAAAGUGCCUCCCUGAGAAAUGUACAUUCAUUGUAAAAAUGCAGAUAUAUGUACUGUAUAUGAAGAAAAAAUGAUUUAUUGAGAAUAAAACUAAUUCGAAGCUCUAA